CCAAUUUCUGACCAUGAACAUGCAGCAUUCACCGAAAUUGCAUCGCACGACAUCUGGUGGGCACUGCAAGGCGUCCACUGGGUCGACCUCUGGCCACGAGACGCGACGGACAAUGCAUGGAAGAGGAAUUUUGUCAGUACAUCAUUCAUCUUGCCCUCCCUAAAAAAAAAGCAAAGAAAUGCUUACUUGCUGGAUGUAUGUUUGUACAGCUCUCCUACGGACUCACCUACCUCCGCCGCGUCGUCGAGGCCAAGACGUACGACGAGCGGUAUCAACUCCUCACUCCGAAGCUGGGGUUUCAGCAGGUGUUUCUCCAAAAGUGGCUUCAGUGGGAGGAGGAGUCUGAACAGAGUAAUCAUGGCGAUGGUGAUGGUGGUGAUUAUUAUAACCACCUCCUAA